GUCGCAGAAAACAGGCGUCUGUUAAGUAUUUACUACGUUUCCCAUGAGCACCCGCACGAUUAAAGACUACACAAGUCAACAUGGCGGGAAUAGGAGCUUUCCUGAAGAAUGCUUGGAAUAAGGAGCCCGUUAUCGUGGCGUCUUGUGCUAUUGGAGUGUUAGGCAUUGCUGUACCGCUCCUCAGCCCCAUCACAAAAUAUACAGGAAUGAUCAAUUCAGCUGUGCCAUACAACUACCCAGUCCCAGUGCGAGAUGACGGAAACAUGCCCGAUGUUCCCGACCAUCCAUGUGAUCCGAAAGGAAACAACCUUGAAUGGCUUAAAAACCUGUAACUUCACAAAUCAACCUAUCAGCACUUGCGCUGUUCGUCUUGUUCAUAUGUGUCUGCAUAAGUGCUCAGUGUGUCCUGAAAUAAAGAGUCUCUAUUUAAUUCAA